AUGGCUACCAGCUUUUCUUUCACCAAUGUCUCAUUCUUCGUGUUUUACAUCUUCACCAACGUCUGUUCCGCGUACUCCGCAUUGAUGGGUUUCAGUACCAUACUGAUCCAUCGAGAUUCACCGGCGUCACCGUUUUACGACCCGUCUAUGAAUCAGACCGAACGCUUGGACGGAGCCAUCCGCCGGUCAUUGACACGCCUGUCUCAUUUCAAACGGCCAACAGCUCAUAUAAACGCGACGAUCUUGCCUAGUACGGGCGAAAACCACCCAAUGCUCACCCCUAAUGUCGGAACACCGCCAUUCAAGCAACUAGCGAUCGCAGACACCGGAAGCGACAUCACUUGGACCCAGUGCCUUCCGUGCGACGACUGUUUCAAGCAAGAUCAACCGAUUUUCAAUUCCGAGAAUUCUUCGACCUUUAAACUACUCUCAUGUGUUAGGAUUUCUUCUGGAUACUGUUCAAGGACCACCGAAACUUGUAAGUACCAUAUAUCCUAUGACUAUGACGAGUCCACAACCGACGGAGUUCUGGCUAUCGAUACGUAUACCUUGGGAGGUACAUCAAUCCCCAAUUUGCUAUACGGUUGCUCCCACGAAAGCCAAGGCGUGUACCUUCCCGACACUGCUGGCAUUGUCGGCCUAGGAGGUAGGUCCAUUUCGCUAGUGGACCAACUCAGAAAGUCUAUAGCUGGAAUGUUCUCGUACUGUUUGUUGUCUGAUCACACAACAGGAGCGAGUAGUAAAAUCAGCUUCGGUUCGAAAGCUGUCGUGGCUGGACCCGGCGUGGUCUCCACCAGGCUGUUGGUAGUUGAAACCUUCUAUUUCCUAACAUUGGAAUCGAUUAGUGUCGACGGAGAAAAAUCAAGAAGAAUUUUCUUCAAGGGAGCAUCGAAAUCAGGCCAAAUUGAUGAAAAAGGUAACAUCGUAAUUGACUCGGGCACCACAAUGACUUUUCUUCCCCGGAUUGUGUACCAAAAGUUAGAGGACAUCAUGAAGAGCGUUAUUAUGGCCGACCCAGUUCCACAUCCAAAAAAGUACUUGAGCCUCUGUUACAUUGUUAACAAAGACUUUACUGCUCCAACCAUCACAAUCCAUUUCGCAGGUGGGGCUGAAUUGACAUAUCCUUGGACAACAACAUUCUACAUGUAUGGAAAUGUUGGAUGCCUCGGUUUCUUGCCAACUGACGACAUUUAUAACAUAUACGGGAACCUAUUGCAGAUGGAUUUCUUGAUCGGUUAUGAUCUUGAAAACGGUGUCAUUUCCUUCAAGCCAACUGAUUGCUCGAAGGAAUAG